AUGGCUCAACAAUCAUCCACUAAGGAUCUCUAUGACGCUGUAACUAAGGGUGAUGUAGCAGCCGUUAAAAAAAUUGUUGAAAGCGGAAAGGCUGAUCUCAAUGCUUUUUCACCUGUGGGAAUAUUUGAGAGUGAGACACCCUUAUUUGCUGCGUCCUUUAAGGGAAACAAAGAAAUUGUAUCAUUAUUAGUAUCAAAGGGAGCAAAAGUGGAGUUAGGAGAUAACUCCCUUCAUGGUGCCGCCUCUAAGGAUAACGUUGAAAUUCUUGAGGUGUUGGUGAAAGCAGGAUUAAGUGUAAAUAGCAAGUCCUACGUAAGUGCAUCUUUGGUAGCCAUAAAUUUAUUGCAACCCAAACAGUUCGGUGACACCCCACUUCACAUUGCAAGCUAUUUUGGUCGAGUUGCUUCUGUCGAGGAGCUGCUAAGAUUGGGAGCAGAUAAAUCCAUAAAAAACAAUUUAGGAAAAACAGCUCACGAUAUUGCAGAAGCCAGAGGACAAAGUAUGGUUAGCAGAUUGGUCAAAAUUUGA